GAGAGGGAGAGAGAGAGUUAGAGUGUAUUUUUAAGAACCGCUUUAUCUGAAUAUUUGGUUUACAGCAGAAAAUAAAGUCGUCCAUUUCUUAGAGAGAGAGGGCUGAGAGAAGGGAAAAUAGAGAAGCCUUGUCUCUUUUGUUUCUUUACAUUGAAUUCCAUUAUUUUGUUCUCUCUUUAAUUAUCAACACAGCUAGCAAGCUCUCAACUCACAACCGAUUUCUCUCUCUCCUCCUUCCCCUCUCUCUCUCUCUCUCUCUCUCCCCAUGUGGAUGAUGUUCUUGGUAGGAGGAAACAGAAGGCGGUUUUGCCAUUAAUGGGGUUUUCAAGAGGUUUUGAUUUUGGAGGAGGCGGAGGACAAGAAGAGGAAAAUAAAAGAGAUCACCCACUCUUAGAAACAAAGCUCUUAGCUUCUUCUGCAAGACCAACUUCUACAUCUUCUUCUUUUCUCAUGGCUUCAAGUAUUCAAGGAAACAGCAAUCAACUUGAACACCAACAACAACAUCAUCAUCAAAUACAAGAUCAGCAUCAUCAGCAUCAUCAGCAGCAACAGCAGCAGAUUCAAUAUGGGAUGAUGCAAUCAUCAUCUGCCAAUAUUCCUGCUGGGAACUUCAUAUCAAACAAAGACGGUGGAGCUGCUUAUGAUUUGGGGGAAUUAGAUCAAGCUCUUUUUCUCUACCUUGAUGGACAGUCGCAGGACCAUCACAACCCUUCAGCUAAUCAUAUUCACCAUCAAGACCAACGACAUCUUCAUCAAAAUAAUUCGUCAUCUGGAAUGAGGCCUCCAACUUUGAAUAUUUUCCCAUCUCAGCCGAUGCAUGUAGAGCCAUCAUCAUCAACCAAAGCAGCUGGAACGGGAUUAGUUUCUCCUUCAAGUAGUGGUUCAAAGAGACCAUCAGAACCGUCCAUGGAGUUGGCCAACCCACGCAAUGAUUCUACUGCCCCUCCUCCUCCUUCUGGACCUUCUCAUGAACCUGCCAAAGCUAUCAAGCGUGAGGGUAACCGCAAGGGACCAACUACAUCAAGUUCAGAGCAAGAAGGACCCAAAACACCGGACCCUAAGACUUUGAGAAGGCUUGCUCAGAAUAGAGAAGCAGCCAGGAAAAGCAGGCUUAGAAAAAAGGCAUAUGUGCAGCAGUUAGAGACAAGUAGGAUUAAGCUAACUCAACUGGAACAAGAGCUGCAAAGAGCCAGAUCUCAAGGCAUGUUCUUUGGAGGAGGACUUGUAGGAGGAGAGCAACAAAGCCUUCCUGUUGGUAUCAACAACAUUAGCCCAGACGCUGCCGUUUUUGACAUGGAGUAUGCAAGGUGGCUGGAGGAGCACCACCGUCUCAUGUGCGAGCUUCGAGCUGCAGUACAAGAGCAUUUGCAGGAGAAUGAGCUGCGACUUUAUGUGGACAACUGCUUGGCACAUUAUGAUGAAGUGUUGAACCUCAAAGGCAUGGUUGCCAAGACUGAUGUAUUUCACAUUGUUUCUGGUAUGUGGAAGACUCCGGCUGAACGUUGCUUCAUGUGGAUGGGUGGAUUUCGGCCCUCUGAGGUCAUCAAGAUUAUUCUGAAUCAAAUCGAGCCUUUAACGGAGCAGCAACUAUUGGGUAUCUGUGGGUUACAACAAUCCACACAGGAGACUGAAGAAGCUCUCUCUCAAGGUCUUGAAGCUCUCAAUCAGUCUCUCUCAGAGACCAUAACCUCUGAUUCAUUGAGCUGCCCUCCCAACAUGGCCAACUACAUGGGACAGAUGGCUAUAGCCAUGAACAAGCUCUCCACGCUCGAGGGCUUCGUUAGACAGGCUGAUAAUCUGAGGCAGCAGACAAUUCACCGGCUUCAACAAAUUCUGACGACCCGUCAAGCAGCGAGGUGUUUGCUGGCAAUCGCUGAGUACUUCCAUCGUCUCCGAGCUCUCAGCUCUCUCUGGAUGGGUCGUCCUCGACAAGAUCAGUCAUAAAUUAGAAUAUUCGAAGCUAUAAAAUUCAUAUCAACUAUCAUGACUAGCUUCAAUGCAUGUCUCUCUUCUCUGUUAAUUAGUUACAGUUUAAUCAACUAAUGUCAUCUUAAUAUGAUAUGACAUCGCUUUACCUCUUUCCUAUCUAGAUAGAGAGAUCUAUACAUAGACAA